AUGCCGCCGCGCGUCGACCCCACCGGAAGGCGCGCGGCGACCGCGGACGCCGACGCCGACGACGCGGGAGACGGACGCGACCCGGCGGUGGACUCCGCGCGCGUGUUCAUGUCGUUCGUUGCGGACGCGUCGAGGUUCGGCGCGGCGGUGUACGAUCGCGACGCGAACGCGAUCGAGACGGUCGAGGGCUACCUCGACGACGACCUCGUGCUCCUGAGGCUGCUGCUCGUGUCGCACGAGCCCGACGUCGUCUUCGUGCCCAUACGCGUCGUGGGAACCAAGGACGGGGGAUCGAGGCGCGCGAACGCCAUCCUCGACGCCCUCACCGAGCGCGGCUCCACCGCCGACGACGACGACGACCGCGAAGGCAACCGCGCGGAACACGACGACGACGACGACGACGACGACGACCGCGCGGAAGAAGGCCGCCGCGCUCCGCGUCGCGCCGACGAAGACGGAAGCCGUCUCCGCAGGGCCAUCGUGCCCCUCCCCGCGCACGCCUUCGACCGCAUCGACGCCUGCGUCGGCGCGAUACGCGAGGCGUGCGCGCUCCCGGACGACGCCGCCGUCAACGCCAGGGUCGCCCUCGACGCGCCGCUCCAGGUCGCAGCCGCUGGAGCGCUGUGCGCCGCGCUCCUGGCGAGAGACGUGGUGUUGACAAAAAACAGGACGCGUCAACGACGGGGAUCGAACGUGGGACCGAACGGGGGCGACGACGGGGAAGAAGAAGAAGAUAAACGAGCAGCGCACGGCGUCCGAGUGGACCUCGGGGGCACGGGCGGCGGCGGGUCGUGGCGCACCGGGACGCACUCCACGCACGAUCCCGCGGAUAUUCGAGAGAUGUCACUGGGCGGGUACCUACGCAUCGACGACGCCGCGAGGGUGGCGCUCGGGAUCGAGAGACUCGAGUCCCACCCGUCGCAGUACGUCGGCUGCGGCAAGGAGUGGGGCUUAUUCGCGCUCGCGGCGGACGCGUGCGUGACACCCGCGGGGCGGCGGACUGUGCGAAAUUGGUUUCGCCGACCGACGUUGAACCUUCAAAGUUUGAACGAUCGCCUCGACGGCGUGGAGUACUUCAAAGACAACCCGGGGGUGCGCGAUGACAUGCGCGCCAUCGCCAGACGGGGCAGGGACGCGCACGCGGUGCUCGCGUCGAUGUCCGCGCGCGUGGACAAGGCGACGCGAGGGGUCGGGGAAUGGCGCAGGCUCCACGCGUUUUUGCGAUCCGCUCGCGACUUGCUGGAGUACGUCGAGGAGAGGUUCGUGACGCUCAGGGCUGGCGAAGAUUUCGCAAACGCGGGAGCACACGCAAACACGGGGGGGUUCCCCGCCGCGAGCACGUACGUCCCGUCCGUCAGAUCCGGCGUCUGCGUCGACCUGGACGACGCCCGGGAGAUGUACCGACGCCUUCCGGACCUUCUGGAAAAGGUUCGAGAAACAAUCGUUCGCGAGAUCCCGAGGGUCCUGAGGGGCCGCGGCGUUGAGGAUAACCUCUCGGUGGUGUACCUGCCAAAGACGGGUUUCAUGCUGAGGUGCGUCGGCCGCGCGCUCCCGCCGGACAUCGCCGACGAACUCGGCGAGUGCGAGUUCGCCUUUGACAAGUCAUCAGACGAGCCUGAACUCGCACUCGCCGCGGACUUUCCCUUGGGCCCGGAAGGAAUCCAAAGCUCCAGGUACUCUGCGUAUUACUUCACCGCCGCGACGCGAGAGCUGAGCGACGCCGUCGGCGACGUCCUGUCCGACGUCCACGACCUGGAGGCUUCCAUCCUGCGCGACCUUCGGAGGAGGGUGCUGAGUAACUCGAGGUUGCUGCGGGACGUCGCGUCGUGCGUGGCGGAGAUGGACGCGACGAUGUCGCUCGCCGCGUUUACGUCUUCGGGAAAUAUGCGUCGACCUAUUUUACACGACGGCACCGAGAUGAACGUCGUCGGCGCCAGGCACCCGCUGCAGGAGGCGACGCGCGCGCCAGAGUGCGGGGCGAUCGUCCCGAACGAUUUCCGAUGCGGCGGCGGGCGCAUCGCCGUCGUCACCGGUCCGAACCAGUCGGGGAAGAGCGUGUACCUCAAAUCAAUCGCCGCGUGCGUUUUCCUGGCGCACGUCGGUUCCUUCGUCCCGGCGGAGAGCGCGUUCAUACCCCUGGUGGACCGCGUGUUCACCCGAGUGGGCGCGUCGCGCGACGGCGGCGGCGGCGGCGGCGGCGGCGGCGGGUCCUUCGCCGCGGAUUGCGCGCGGGUGUCGCAGAUGUGCAACGGUUGCACCGGUCGGUCGCUGUGCGUCGUCGACGAGUUCGGCAAGGGGACCGCGACGGCGGACGGCGUCGGGUUGCUGGCGGGGUUCCUGAGGUAUCUCGCGCGUUCGCCGACGCCGCCGAUCGCGCUCGUCGCCACGCACUUCACGGAGUUUGUCCGCGACGAAUCAAUCGUGCCGACGACGAUGAGGCCGAUGCAGUUUCUGACGAUGCGAAUCCACCUGCGCUCGCCGCCUGGGUACCGUUCGGCGGGCGAGGACGACUCGGUGGUUUUCCUCUACCGCGCCGUUCCCGGCGUAUCGUCGAGGGCGUACUCGCUGAGGUGCGCGCGCGACGCGGGGCUGCCCGGUUCGGUGCUCGCGAGGUGCGAGGAGCUGGCGGCGAUCGACGCGGCGAACGGCGCGGGGGUCGGCGGCGAAAGGGGAACGAACACAGCUGUGGUCCGCUUGGCGCCCGCGGCUGGCGCGAAGGCGGCGCGCGCGCGCGGGGCGGCGAGGGACCGCGCGGUCGUCGCCGCGCUCGCGGGUUUGGACCCGACGUGUUCGUUCGAGGACGCGCGCGCGGCGAUCGCGGAGGUGACGCGACGAGACGUGUGA